AUGGAAGGCGAAUAUGAUUCCUUGUUCGGACGCGAGUGGCUCGCUCAGUUUAAGCAGGAAUUUAACUGGGAUUCACUUUUUACGUUCCAAGUUCAGGCAGUAGCUGCGUCUGCGCCGCAGCUCACUGUUGACCAGGAAAGACAGCUGGAUCAGUUACUAGCUAGACAUGCCGGGGUUUUUAGCAACUCAGCAGGGAAGCUGAUUGGACCACCAGUAAAAGUACACUUCAAACCGGGAGCGACCCCUGUGUUCGCGCGUGCCCGCGAGAUUCCGCACGCACUGCGCCAUGCAUACGCAAAAGAGAUAGAUGCGAAACUGGCGUCUGGUCCCUACGUGAAGGUGGACUAUUCGGAAUGGGCAUCGACAACGCACGUGGUGAUGAAAAAGAAUGGCAAGAUACGCAUUACCGACAAUUAUAAACCAACGUUGAAUCAACGAAUAAUUAUCGAUGAGCAUCCUAUCCCGAGAGCAGAGAGGAUUUUCAGCGAGAUAGAGGGAGCUACAGUUUUUGCUCACCUUGAUAUCACAGAUGCAUAUACGCACCUGGUAGUGGAUGAGGAGUUCAGCCAGGCGUUGACGCUCAACACGCCGACACACGGGCUGAUUCGGCCAUUACGAGCGGUUUAUGGAGCCGCAAACAUUCCAGCAAUCUGGCAACGGAGAAUCGAGGCGGUGAUAAAAGGUAUCCAAAAGGUACGGAAUUUCUUCGAUGAUAUUCUCGUUUUUGCAAGUUCCUUUGAGGAGCUGCUAGUAAUCCUCGAUGAGUUGCUGGGGCGACUCGAGGAACACGGCCUCCGCCUGAAUCGUGCGAAGUGUAUUUUCGCCGCGCCCGCGGUGGAGAUGUUGGGGCAUAAAAUCGACGCUCAAGGGGUGCACAAAUCGGACACGCACAUUGAGGCGAUUAGGGAUGCUCCCAAGCCAUCCACGCCAGAGGAAAUGGAGCUAUUUAUUGGGAAAGCAACAUACUACAACGCAUUCAUCCCAGACUUAGCGACGAAAGCUCGACCACUACGAGACAUGUUACUCGUGGAACCAUUCAAAUGGACGUCAGAAGCAGAAAAAGCAUAUGUGGAACUGAGAAACAUUCUAAUCUCUCCACAGGUGCUGAUGCCAUACGAUCCGUCUUUACCACUGCUUCUUGCUACGGAUGCCAGCGCGAUCGGACUAGGAGCAGUUCUAUCGCAUAAACUAAGCAGUGGACUGGAGAGGCCAAUCGCAUAUGCCAGUCGCACAAUGACAGCGACCGAGCAACGGUACCCGCAAAUUGACAAGGAGGCUUUGGCCAUAAUAUUCGGAGUUCAAAAAUUUUUCAAUUACUUAUACGCACGCCGUUUCACGCUUAUUACAGACCAUAAGCCACUAACGCAAAUUCUCCAUCCAGAAAAAUCGCUGCCAGUGCUGUGCAUCAGUAGAAUGGCAAAUUAUGCCGAUUAUCUUUCGCACUUUAUAUACGAUGUGCAGUUUAAAUCGACUAAAGCGAACGCGAAUGCAGACUAUUGUUCGCGUGCACCAUUAGCGAUCACGACAAACAGCAUAUACGAAGGCUGUCGGCGAGAAGGGGAAGAGGCCACAGAGUUUGACGAAUUCGACACUUUCAUGUUGUGCCAGAUUAAGCAGCUUCCAGUGCGAGCGGAGCAGAUAGCGAGAGAGACGCGCAAGGACACUCAUCUGGGCGAGAUUGUGCGACUGUUGGAAGCAGGGAAGAAUCUCGCAUGCUACGGAUACAAAGCUCCGGAGGCUAACUACAGUCUCUCUUCAAAUUGCUUAAUUUUCGAGCAUCGAGUCGUCGUGCCUCCUUCAUUGAGUCCGGCUAUACUCGACGACUUGCAUGCAGCUCACGUGGGCAUAGUCAAGAUGAAAGGUUUAGCACGUUCAUUCGUCUACUGGCCAGGUAUCGAUGCUGAUAUCGAACGCAUAGCGAAAUCAUGUACGGAGUGCGCUAGACACGCUCAUGCCCCUCCAAAAUUUCGGGAGCAUCAUUGGGAAUAUCCUACGGGGCCCUGGGAACGCAUUCACAUCGACUACGCGGGACCUGUCGCAGGUAUGAUGCUACUGAUAGUAGUGGACGCGUAUAUUCAGGCAGUAGCUGCGUCUGCGCCGCAGCUCACUGUUGACCAGGAAAGACAGCUGGAUCAGUUACUAGCUAGACAUGCCGGGGUUUUUAGCAACUCAGCAGGGAAGCUGAUUGGACCACCAGUAAAAGUACACUUCAAACCGGGAGCGACCCCUGUGUUCGCGCGUGCCCGCGAGAUUCCGCACGCACUGCGCCAUGCAUACGCAAAAGAGAUAGAUGCGAAACUGGCGUCUGGUCCCUACGUGAAGGUGGACUAUUCGGAAUGGGCAUCGACAACGCACGUGGUGAUGAAAAAGAAUGGCAAGAUACGCAUUACCGGCAAUUAUAAACCAACGUUGAAUCAACGAAUAAUUAUCGAUGAGCAUCCUAUCCCGAGAGCAGAGAGGAUUUUCAGCGAGAUAGAGGGAGCUACAGUUUUUGCUCACCUUGAUAUCACAGAUGCAUAUACGCACCUGGUAGUGGAUGAGGAGUUCAGCCAGGCGUUGACGCUCAACACGCCGACACACGGGCUGAUUCGGCCAUUACGAGCGGUUUAUGGAGCCGCAAACAUUCCAGCAAUCUGGCAACGGAGAAUCGAGGCGGUGAUAAAAGGUAUCUGA